AUGGCCGCUUCUGUCCCCUCAUUCAAGCUUAACACUGGUGCUACCAUCCCAGCUAUCGGUCUUGGUACAUGGCAAGCUAAACCUGGAGAAGUGAGAGCUGCUGUAGCUCACGCUUUGAAAUCUGGUUACAGACAUAUCGACGGUGCUUUAUGCUACCAAAACGAAAAAGAAGUAGGAGAAGGUAUCAAGGAUUCUGGUAUUCCUCGAUCUGAGAUCUUCCUCACUUCCAAAGUCUGGUCAUCAUACCACGACAGAGUAGAAGAAUGUCUCGACCAAACACUUUCCGACCUCGGUACCGACUACCUUGAUCUCUAUCUCAUUCACUGGCCUGUCCGGCUCGCUCCCAACGGUACUCACCCUUUGUUCCCAGUUAAGGAAGACGGUUCUAGAAACAUCGAUUGGGAAUGGGACCAAGCCAAAACAUGGGAACAAAUGGAAGCCGUCUUAGCAAAGGGUAAAGUGAAGGCUAUCGGUAUUUCCAACGCUGGUAUACCCAUCAUUGAAAAACUCCUCAAGACCGCUAAAGUUACUCCUGCCGCGAACCAGAUUGAAUUACAUCCUUAUAACCCAGAACAUGAACUUGUCAAGUACUGUCAAGAUAAAGGUAUCUUAGUUCAAGCUUAUUCACCUCUCGGAUCUACUUCAUCCCCAUUACACAAGGAUGAAGUUCUCACUAAGAUCGCCGAGAAACAUGGUGAAUCAACUGCUACGGUCUUGAUCUCCUAUUUGAUCUCUAAGAACGUGGUGGUCUUGCCCAAAUCUGUCACUCCCUCAAGGAUAGAAUCUAACUUGAAGACCAUCAAGUUGGAUGCUUCAGAGGUGGAACAAUUGGAUAAAUUGGCAGAGAGCGGUAAACAAACUAGAGUGAACUCUCCUCCUUGGGGUUCAGACUUUGGUUUCCCCAACUGGUACGGCCCAAACAACAAGAAUGCCCCUGAAGGAGCUAGAUUACUUUAUGGUAAAUCUGCUUAA